AUGACGACCACCUGCACCAACAGCACGCGCGAAAGCAACAGCAGCCACACGUGCGUGCCCCUCUCCAAAAUGCCCAUCAGCCUGGCUCACGGCAUCAUCCGCUCGAGCGUGCUGCUCAUCUUCCUCGCCGCCUCAUUCGUCGGCAACAUAGUGCUGGCACUCGUGUUGCAGCGCAAGCCGCAGCUGCUGCAGGUGACCAAUCGCUUCAUCUUUAACCUCCUCGUCACUGACCUGCUGCAGAUUUCACUCGUGGCCCCCUGGGUGGUGGCCACCUCCGUGCCUCUCUUCUGGCCCCUCAACAGCCAUUUCUGUACCGCCCUGGUUAGCCUCACUCACCUGUUCGCCUUCGCCAGUGUCAACACCAUUGUCGUAGUGUCAGUGGAUCGCUACCUGUCCAUCAUCCACCCUCUCUCCUACCCGGCCAAGAUGACCCCGCGCCGGGGUUACAUGCUCCUCUAUGGCACCUGGAUCGUGGCCAUCCUGCAGAGCACACCCCCUCUCUAUGGCUGGGGCCAGGCUGCCUUUGAUGAGCGCAAUGCCCUUUGCUCUAUGAUCUGGGGGUCCAGCCCCAGCUAUACCAUUUUCAGCGUAGUGUCCUUCAUCAUCAUUCCACUGUUUGUCAUGAUUGGCUGCUACUCUGUGGUGUUCGGUGCAGCCCGGCGGCAGCAUGCUCUGCUGUACCACGUCAAGAGCCACAGCUUGGAGGUUCGAGCCAAGGACUGUGUGGAGAAUGAGAACGAAGAGGGAGAGAAGAAGGAUGAGUUCCAUGGCCUGGAUGAAGGUGAGGUCAAGGCCAAGGAGGGCAGCGUCGAGGCAGAAGAGGCUGGCAUGGAAGCCAAGGAUGGCAGCAUGAAGGCCAAGAAAGGGAGCGUGGAGGCCAAGGGCAGCAAGGAGGUCAGAGAAAGCAGCUUGGUGGCCAGCGAAGGCAGCAUAGAGAGUAAGGAAGGCGGCACCGAAAGGGAGAGAAGCAUGAGGGCAGACAAGAGCCGCAGAGAGGUCAACCAGUGCAACAUUGACUUGGGUGAAGAUGACCUGGAGUUUGGUGACGAUCACUUCCACUUCAGUGAGGAUGACAUCGAGGCAGUGAACAUCCCAGAGAGUCUCCCACCCAGUCGCCGAAACAGCAACAGCGACCCUCCUCUGCCCAGGUGCUACCAGUGCAAAGCUGCUAAAGUGAUCUUCCUCAUCAUUUUCUCCUACGUGCUGUCCCUGGGGCCCUACUGCUUUCUAGCCGUCCUGGCCGUGUGGGUGGAUGUCCAAACCAAGGUGCCUCAGUGGGUGAUCACCAUCAUAAUCUGGCUUUUCUUCCUGCAGUGCUGCAUCCACCCCUACAUCUAUGGCUAUAUGCACAAGACCAUCAAGAAGGAAAUCCAGGAUAUGCUGAAGAAGUUCUUCUGCAAGGAAAAGCCCCCAAAAGAAGACAGCCACCCAGACCUGCCCGGAACCGAAGCCGGCACAGAGGGUGGGACCGAAGGCAAGACCGUCCUUUCUCACGAUUCUGCCACUUUGCCUUGA